UUAGAACUCAAGGGAUUCUUCCUCACUUGCAACACCGACUUCCCACAUUCUCAUUUCUUGCUCUACACUUUCGCAACGAUUCCCUUUUAUGCACAAAACUAUACUAUAUCGAAAAUUCGAUCAAAUUAGGAAGCCAAAUAUGUCCUCAAACAAAGCAUUUUACUCCCAACUAAAACACAAAGAAACAACACUUGGUAGUAGUAAAACCACUAGCAUCGUUACUUGGUUUGUUCUCUUUACUUGUCUAAUUCUUACUUUUUUAUUAGCCCAUUUCAAUUCUUCGCCGUUUCUUAAUGGCACAAAUCUCUCCUACUUGGCCAAUAUUAGUACCGUGUUUUCUAUUAAUAGCAGUACUUUCGGUAUUGAUUAUGUGAAAGAUCAAGGAAGACUUGUAGAAAAAUCCGAUGAAUGUGAAGGAAGAUACAUUUAUAUACAAGAUCUUCCUAGGAAGUUUAACGAAGAUUUGCUCGAAAAUUGCAGUACUCUUAACAAAUGGGUUAACAUGUGUGAGUACCUUACAGACUUCGGUCUUGGACCGGGGUUAAACUAUUCUAGUACUCGUAAUUGGUUUAUUACAAACCAAUUUUCUUUAGAGGUCAUAUUUCAUAAUAGAAUGAAGCAAUAUCGAUGCUUGACUAAUAUUUCUUCCAAGGCAUCCGCGGUGUAUGUGCCAUUUUAUGCAGGGCUAGAUGUAGGGAGGUACUUAUGGGAUGAUUACGAGACUAAGGUUAGAGAUAACGCGUCUAUGGAAGUAGUUGAGUACCUCAAGGGAAAACCCGAGUGGAAGAAAAUGUGGGGACGCGACCAUUUUUUAGUAGCCGGAAGGGUGUCAUGGGAUUUUAGAAGAGCAAGAGAUAACAAGUUGGAUUGGGGGAAUAGUUUGUUCAACCUACCUGAGGUUAAGAACAUGACUAAUUUAGUGAUCGAAUCAAGCCCUUGGAGCAACACUGACUUCGCGAUACCUUAUCCUACGUAUUUUCACCCUUCAAGUGAUGAUGAGGUAUAUCAUUGGCAAGAAAAAAUGAUGCAAAAGCAAAGGCCUUAUUUGUUUUCCUUUGCUGGUGCUCCUAGGCCAGAGCUUAAGGAUUCUAUAAGGAACGAAAUUAUCAACCAAUGUUUAGGCUCGAAAGGUAAACAUUGCAAGUUUGUAAGAUGUGACGCGAACACUAAGAAUUGUGAUAAGCCAGAGACUGUUAUGAGAUUGUUUCAAAGCUCAAUCUUUUGUUUACAACCUCCAGGGGACUCAUACACUCGAAGAUCAGCAUUUGACUCGAUUUUAGCAGGGUGCAUUCCUGUUUUUUUCCACCCGGCUUCAGCUUACGUGCAAUACUUGUGGCAUUUUCCGAAGAAUUAUACAAGUUAUUCAGUGUUUAUACCAAUGGAAGAUAUAACUAAAGGGGAGUUUGUCAUUGAGAAAAGGUUACUAGAAAUACCAAAAGAAAAGGCGGUAGCUAUGAGAGAAGAGGUCAUUAAGUUGAUUCCAAAUGUGAUAUAUGCAAAUCCUAAUUCAAGAUUAGAGAAAUUUGAAGAUGCAUUUGAUAUUGCAGUGAAGGGAGUUUUGAGCCGAAUUACAACAGAGAAUAAUUCUGUUUUAUCUGAUGAUUUUCCUGAAGAUCUUUCUUGGAAGUACAAUUUUUUUGGAGGGGUAGAAAAUCAUGAGUGGGAUCAUUAUUUUUCAAGGGGAUAGUAAAAUUAGUAAGAAAAAAAAAAUUAAUAAAAGGGAAAUUAUAGGAGUAAUUUAUUUAUAUUUUGACAUUUCUAUUGUAUGAUAUCAAAUCAUAUAUUUUGUGGCAUUUUACAUCUGUGAUCUAUCUAAUUAAUGGGAGAUUCUUUUUAGUACAUUCUUUCCUUUGCUACACAUGCCAAAUAUUCUAUUGUUUGCAUUUGACCACAAAUAAUGUACAAGUACUCGUAACUAUUCUUGAUUUCUUGGUGAUCAUG